AUGCCGAAGCUGGAGGAUAACGACCACGCCUCUUGGUCGGCGGAUGACCAGUCAUGGAGCAGUGACAUUGACAUUCACACGUCGGACAUCAGCUUGUGCCAGGAGUGUAGGGUGAGCGUCUGCUGGAAUGGCGCGCAGACGUGUGUCGGCUGCGUCUCCGGGCUCCAAAGACCUCUUCCCAGCAAGUUUCUGCGACAGCUGCGGGAUGAGCUCGCCAGCCGGGACGAUACCGUCAUGCUGCGGUGGCUCGACGGCACUGGACGAGUUGUGCAUCACGGAGCGGUGGAGCGUGCGCCAGCAUGCCUUGACAAAUCCCACAAGGCGGACAUGUGUGAUAUGCUCGCUCUGUACGUCUUGAAGAACGGAUGGGCCGCUUGGGCUCUGGAUCUCGCCUCGAAGGAGCUGCGUGGAAAACCUGUGGAGAAGGGCCAAGUAAGCGGCGGGUAUAAGCGCAACGGGCCGAUCGAAGACGACGCUGGUCCAAUUGCGCACUGGUGCUCGUGCGGCAAUCGGAAGCUAGAGACGUCCGGACAGGCUCAAUCCCUGUCCAUCGAGGUCGCCAUCGGGGCGCUGAGGAAACAGUCCAAGGAGCUCAAGGCGCCAGCCAAGCAACAACACCAGAAGCCAAGCACCUUGACGCGCCAGGCCGGCGUAACGAAGAAACCGGCCAAGGCGUCACAGAAACUGACGCCCGUCUCGACCCGACAGCUCAGAUCAUCGACAAAGCAGCUUGAAGCCGCCACAGCGCCGCCCGCAAGUUCCGAUGCGGCUCCCAAAUCCGAAGAGGUCGUCCGCGCGCGCGCGCCCACCAGAGAGCAAAUCGAACUCGCUUAUGAGCGUGGCAUGUGGGCGGGUGCGACGCCUGAGAUCUUCGCCGAUGCACUGUGGUUGGCCGGGCCUGGUCGUCGUCAGAUCGAGAAGAAGAGCGGCAAGGCCAGCCAAGAAAUAGCAAGGGGCGCCCGCGGCUCGGUUGAGACUGUGCUGCUGCACUACUUCUUCAUGAACAACCACAUCAACACGCUGACCGACAGCCUGGAAUUGACGGUCCUGGGCACCUAUCUCGCCGCCCUGGACCACGGUAAGGUUCGAGACAGCGACUUCACAGCGUUUGCCGGGGACGUCGCGCGCCAUGCAAGCCUGGCCCGUUGGACGGUUGCAACCAUGGAGUUGGUGGUGCAGUGGCCAACCAUCCUCGACUGGCACGCAGGAUGUCUGUCGACGUUGGGGCUUGUCCGGGGCCUAACGCUGCGCGCGUGGGUGUACGCCUGUCACUGGGACGUCCUGAUGCACUACGAGCUCGGCAGCAGCGCCGAUUGGGAGGAGCCCGUGCCGUCGUGGCUGUAUAUUGCAUCCGCGCUUGGGCACGACGCCGGCGACCUGUGCAGCGACACGCGAUUGGGCUCCGCCGACAACGCCUACUUUGCCGUGGGGGCCGCCGCGGGAUAUGAGGGUGUGGCCGCCUGCAUGGACAUUGUGUGCGAUGCCCUCGAGGCCGUGGUGCUGCGCGACACGCGCGGCGCGAUCGACAUCUGCUGCGUGGCCGGCAGUGCCUGCGCGACUUUCGAGCGCUCCGGCGGCGAUCUCUGUGCCUGUUCCAGCUCCAAGUCCAAGUCCAACUCGAGUUCCGGCGCGACGUCGUCGGGCUCGUGCGAGGCCAACUCGGUGCUGGCGUCCAUCUGUGGUGAUCGGCGCAUCAGUGCCGAAGACGCGGCCAGCCUCAUCGACAUCAGGGACGGCAUCAGGGCGCGCAGCCGCGAGCUGCCUCGGUUCCGCGGCUCCAGAGACAUGGCGCAUCUCAGCCACGCAGACCGUGAGGUUGUCUAUGGACACUGUACGGCAGCCAUAGCGACGGGCGGCAGCGGUGCCAAGCAGGCUCACGCGCGGCUGCAGGUUGCGUAUGCCAGUGCUGCGCAGUCUCUGUGCGGCCAGCUGCGACGGUCAGCAGCCGAGCUUCGUCAGCGGAUUGGCGGGGAUGCGCUGAACCUGAGCAGCGACUGCAUGUGCGGUGGCGAGUGUUCUCUGUGGUGA